AUGAGCAACGACACGGUCGGCUCCCUUCUGGCUGACAUCGCGAACUCCAUCAUCGACAGCCUACGUGUGCUGCAAUGCGCCGACAAGUCCCAAUGGGGCCCCGACGAGCAUGAGCAGCGUCGCCGCCUCGAGCACGCGCUUGAUGAGGCCAAGAAGGACUACCAGGAGCUAUCCGUGCUUGUCAAUGGCCAGCGCUAUUAUCAGUAUGAUCGCAAGGCUUGUUGCGGCCUCAAGACCAAUUUCCAAUUUCACACCACAAAUUUCCGCGACUGGGCUCGGCAAGGCGGCCCCAUUAACCCCAUCUGGGCUCGCGACACCCUUGACCUCCGCCGCCAACUCCAUCGCGCUCAAUGUCGUGCCGCUCGUCGCAUCUUCGCUACGAAGCAGGAGGCUUCCUCGAGCCGCUGUCUCGGUGCGUUUCUCGUCUACCGCAAGCAGCGCGCAAUGGACUCUGCGUGA